AUGGCGAGCAUCCAGCGCAACGAGAACCCCGAAGAAGUCUACGAGGUGCUGGAGCGCAUUGGAGAAGGGUCCUAUGGCAAGGUUUACAAAGCUGUGCACAAGUCGAAUGCCGAGGUUGUGGCACUCAAGGUGGUUCCUGUGGAGAGUGAAGACCGCGCUGCGUUCGACGAGCUGACACGUGAGAUCCGCAUCUUGGAGCGAUGCGAGUCUCCUUUUGUAGUGCACUACCGUGGCAGCUUCUCGUACGAGGCGCAGCUCUGGAUCGCUAUGGAAUUCUGCGCUGCUGGCUCGCUCGCUGACCUGCAUGUUCUACGUGGACGUCGCGUGCUGAGUGAAGCGGAGAUCGCCGCCGUCUGUGCUAACGUCGCGCUGGGACUCGCUCACUUGCACUCUCAGGGCCUCAUCCAUCGUGAUAUUAAAGCAGGAAACUUGCUACUUAACGGCGACGGUGUAGCCAAGUUGGCAGACUUUGGUGUGUCCGCACAGCUCACUGCUACAGUUGGUAAGCGUCGUACAGUCAUCGGAACGCCCUUUUGGAUGGCCCCAGAGGUGAUCCAAGAAGCUCAGUACGACUGCAAGGCAGACCUCUGGUCACUGGGUAUCACUGCUCUGGAGCUGGCUGAGGGAGAGCCACCACUCGCCCACAUGCACCCCAUGCGUGCCAUCUUUUUGAUCCCGAACCGAGCACCACCUGAGCUUCGCGAGCCUAACAACUACUCGGCAGAAUUCCGAGACUUCAUUGCUGUGUGUUUGAAGAAAGACCCACAGGAACGAGCUUCAGCUGAAGAAUUGCUGCGUCAUCCUUUCAUCGCUCGCAACGUAGAGCGACUACGUGCAAGCUCUAACCGUGCAGCUAGUGGAGGUAGAAUGGCCGGCUUGCCUGUUCUCCAAGAGCUGGUAGAACAGAGUUUGGAGCUUGUAGUUGAAGCUCGACUACGAGGCGCAGAGGAUGAAGCUGAGUUCCGUGGGGCGGCUACUGGUCGUCCGGAUGGCUCGUUGUCGGUUGCCGAUCUCAGUACGAUGCUACGCAAUGGCUCCAUGUUUAACGGCACUGGAGGGCUCGGAGGCUUUGGAGGCUCCGACACGGCGGUGGGCUUUACGUCAGUCAGGUUCAAUGGCUUUGGUGGGGGAACCACAGUGUUCUCAGGUGCUCCAGUGGACGAAGAAGGAUGCGGUACGAUGGUAUACCGAGGUGACGAUAACAAGUCAGCUAACUCUACGAUGGAGAGCACCAGCUCGGAAACCCGUGAACGCGAUAUCACAUCUAGCGAUCUGUACGGCACCAUGAUCCCUACGGGGACAGCACGUCCACCGCCAGUGCCGGUAGCCCCUGUGUCCUACUCGAGAACUAGCAGUCGCGGCAGUAGUCACGAUGGGAGCCAAGGAGAAGCUACGAAGCCCGAAGCGGACAGCAGCGAGCCGUCGUUCAUGAAAUAUUUCCGACGGAUUACGUCGUCCUCUUCGAAGUCGGCGACGAUUCGUGCUGCGGGGGCUACAGAGGCUUUAUUACGCGCAGCGCAGCAGAAACUUCGUCAACUUGAGGAAGACUACGAACGCGAUCGCGAGGAGCUCGCUCGACGCUUCGAGAAGCAGAAGACCGAGCUCGAACGUGAGCUCGAGAGCUUGGGUUUCCACAGUUAA